CUGCCUGUUUGUUUUCAAGGCCGGGCCGGGAGAUAAGCAGAAAGUCUAACCUCCUAGUCCAAACUUUUGUUUGUUUGACAUUUUGAAGUUUACUGCGCUUUUGUGAUAGCUUGCAGCCGAUUACCAUGACAUUGUACCGAAAAUGCGUGUGGUUCAUGAAGGGUUUUCGCGAAUACACGAAAAGCGGAUACCAGACGGCAUCUCAAAGGUUCAACGAUGGAGAUCUAGAUGUUGACUGUUCCGGCAAAGUAUUUAUGAUUACUGGAGCAAAUAGUGGGAUUGGUGAAAAUGUUGCACAACAAGUUGCAAAUCGGGGCGGGACUGUUCACAUGGUGUGUAGAAAUGCCCAGACAGCAGAAGAUGCCAAGGCGAAGAUAAUAGAAAAAACAAAUAAUCAGAACAUUCAUUUACACAUUCUUGACCUUGCUGCUCCAGAAGAAGUGUACAAAUUUGCCAAAGAUUUUGCAAAUAGUCAUGAGAAGUUGGAUGUGCUUGUGAACAAUGCUGGGUGCAUGGUUCAUGAGAAGCGCAUUGACUCAAAAGGAGUUGAAUAUAAUUUUGCGACAAAUGUUUUGUCUCCUCAUAUUUUAACUCGAUUCCUUUCGCCUCUACUGCUUAAGUCUGAUCAUGGGAGAGUCAUCAUGGUUACUUCUGGAGGCAUGCUCCUGGAGAAACUUGACUCUGACGAUCCUCAGCUCUCAAAACAGGAGCCAUUUGAUGGUGUGCGUUCGUAUGCUCAGAACAAAAGACAAAUGGUGGUGAUGGCUGAACAGUAUGCAGAAGAAAAUAGUGGCAUUUUCCAUGCUUCUGCACAUCCUGGUUGGGCUGAUACACCUUCAGUGCGUUCUGCUCUCCCCGAUUUUCACAAACGUAUGGAAGGAAGGCUUCGUUCAUCAGAGGAAGGGGCAGAUACAAUUACGUGGUUGGCAGUUUCUCCCGCAGCAUUAAGCUAUCCAAAUGGGAAUUUCUUUCAAGAUCGAGCACCAGUUUCUGCACACUUGCCACUUGCUUGGACUCAUUCUACAAAAGAGGAAAAACUCAAGUUUAUGUCUUAUUUAGAUGAUUUAAUGAGAGAAAGAUUAUCUUAAUUCUUAGGUAUGGCACAUUAUGACCCAUAUAACAAAAAUAUUUUUGACAUGAUUUACCUAUUUGUCAAGCAAGAGAAAUAUGGAAUAAUAAACUAUCUGCAUCCAUGCACAAUA